AUGAGUUCAACAAAGCCACCAUCAGUGAGUGGCGGCGGCGGUGUAGGUGGAGGUGGCAAAAAUGAGAGACUAAAAGGUGCUGAAAAAGCUACAGUACAUUCAUUUAAUGAUUUAGUACCAGCACUUAAAAAUAUCCUCUAUGAUAAGAAUAAUAUGCAGCUGGAUAAAGUACUGUCACUUUUUGAAGCAAAGACUCAAUUGCCACGUGAACAAUUAGCAUAUGGCUUGAUGGGUCUUAUUGCUAUUUAUCUUAUUAUUGGAUCAUUAGCGCAGCUUUUAUGUAAUCUGAUUGGUUUUGGUUAUCCAGCUUAUGCUUCAGUUAAGGCAAUUCGAACUGAGCAAAAGGAUGAUGACACCCAUUGGCUAAUUUAUUGGACUGUAUUUGCAUUUUAUUCACUGAUCGAUUUUUUUGCAGAAGCAAUUAUGCAUGUUGUGCCUCUGUAUUGGUUAAUUAAGGUAAUAUUCUUAUUAUACCUAUAUUUACCACAAACUUACGGAGCUCAGGUCAUCUACGAGAAAUAUAUUGAUUCAUUAAUAGCAGGAAUUGAAAAAGUUUUUAAUAAAAUUUGA